AUGGAGGAAAGAUGUGGAAUUGCUCUAGGAUUGUUGGACUAUGAGAUGGCUAUUGAAGAAGAUGCUCCUGCAGAACCUGAUGCAGAUGCAUCUGCUGGAGCAAAAGCAAAAUAUGCCAAAUGGGUUCAGGCAAACAAAAUGGCUAUUUUAAUCAUGAGAAGGUUAAUUUCACCAUCUAUCAGGGGAAGCAUUACAUCAUCUGAUAAUGCCAAGAAGUUUAUUGAUUCCAUUGGGGAAAAGUUUCGGGAAUCAGAAAAGGCUGAGAUUGGAACUCUAAUGGGACAGCUUACUGAUACAAAAUACAAUGGGGAAAGAUGUGUGAGAACACAUAUACUGAACAUGCUGGAAAUUGGGAACAAACUGAAGGCACUCAAAGUCAAUGUGAAUGAAACUAUGAUGGUACAUUUUGCUAUAAACUCUCUGCCUAGUACUUUCAAGCAUCUUAGAAGCACAUAUGUAGCUCAAAAGGAGAAGUGGACAGUAACUGACCUCAUAAGCAUCUGUGUGCAGGAAGAACAAAAUAUGAAGAAAGAUAAGGCUGAAGAAAGAGUUAACAUGGUUCACAACUUCAAACCCAAAAAGGAUUUUGGAAAGGGAAAAAUUGCUUGGAAGAAAAACAAGGAAGAAAAGGAAAAUAAGGGGUUAGAACCAGAAGGUUUCAAGUGUUACUUCUGCAAGAAAUAUGGUCAUAUGAAGAGGAAUUGUGACAGAUACAAACGCUGGCUAGAUAAACACAUAUACAAACGUUGGCUAGAUAAACAGAAGACUAAAGGUAAGUCUGGUCAAGGGUUCAAAACAAAAAAGCUGCCAAGCAAGGUUGAGAUGAAGGUGUUCGUGGGAACUGGAGAAAGAUUCAAGGUGGAGUACAUUAGAUUAGCUAGGAUUGAGUUAGAAUAUGUUAGCAAGCUUGUAAAGUCAAACUUACAGUUUGAGUUUGAUGAGUCUGGAUUCUCCAUUUUCAGAAAUAAAGUUAUGAUUGGCAAUGGUUUUCUAAAUGAUGGAAUGUUUCGAUUAAACUGCAAGAAACCAAAUCCCAGCACUGGAAAUUUGAGCAUCAAUGUGAUAAACACUAAGAGAAAAGCAAAAAAAGAAGAAUCUUAUAAACUUUGGCACAAGAGACUAGGACAUGUCUCAGCUGAAAGAAUGAAUUUGCUUAACAAAGAAAAUAUGUUGCCACCACUUAACCACCAUGACAAAGACAGUGUUUGCAUGGAAUGUGUUAAAGGGAAAUUGAUAAAUUUGAGAAAGAAAGGUGCUACAAGAAGUGAAAAAGUGCUGGAAAUCAUACAUACAGACAUUUAUGGUCCUUUUCCCACUCAAACACAUGAUGGUUUUAAGUAUUUCAUAACCUUCACAGAUGAUUACUCUCGAUAUGGUUAUGUGUACUUAAUAUUUGAAAAAUCCAAUGCACUGGACAUGUUUAAAGUCUAUAAAGCAGAAGUGGAAAACCAGUUGGAUUCAAAAAUCAAAGUAGUAAGGUCGGAUAGAGGAGGAUAA